CUGGCGUGUUAUUUUUCCUUUCUGUCAUAUUUCUUUUUUCCAUUAGACAAAAGCAAAACAGAAUUCUAAGGAGCCAUCUAAGGACAAUGAAGAGAAAACUUUGAAGAAGUUUGUUUCUCGACCAACAGCAGAUCUUUGUGAUUCUCAUGGUUAUUCAUGUUUAAAACCGUCGUUCAGAAAGUGAAAGUAAAGUUUCGAUUGCUGGAGCUCAAACUGUGAAAAUGGCUUCAUCAGCUGAAUAUGACUAUAAUUGUCCCGUGUGCUGUGAAAUCUUCAAGACUCCUGUUCUUUUAUCAUGUAGUCACAGCGUCUGUAAAGAGUGUCUUCAAAAGUUCUGGAGAACCAAGAAAACUCAUGAGUGUCCUGUCUGCAGGAGAAGAUCCUCAAAAGAACAACCUCUAGAAAAUCUUGCGUUAAAAAACUUGUGUGAGUCGUUCCUGAAGGAGAGAAAUGAGAGUCGUUCAUCAGGAUCUGAGGAGAUCUGCAGUUUACACAGUGAGAAGCUCAAACUCUUCUGUGUGGAGGACAAACAGCCUGUGUGUUUAGUGUGUAGAGAUUCACAAAAACACACCAAUCACACAUUUAGACCCAUCAGUGAAGUUGUUCCUUCAUAUAAGGAGGAGCUCAAUACAGCACUGAAGUCCUUACAGGAGAAACUAAAAAAAAGAGAAAACAUGCAAGGAGAGUUUGAGAAAACAGUUCAACACGUCAAGUUGGUUACUUUUGUAAAUGACAAGCAGCAAUCUGCUUCUGGAUUUGUUAUAUGUCGGGUGUCUGAGUUUCUCUUGGAUCUGAAUGAUGUGAUGUGUUCAUGUGUGUUGAUUGAGAUGAUUGAAGUGAAUGUGAUUUGA